AUGGCCGACUCAAAUCCGACAUCUGGAUCUUCCGACCACGGAUCUAUCCAAGGAACAAAGCGCAUCUGGUAUCGUACCACGCUUUUCAAUGUAUUCAUUAUUGGCGGCGUUGGGUUCAUGGCUCCUGGGUUGUGGAAUGCCAUGAACUCACUGGGCGCUGGUGGUGCGGAAUCACCCUUUCUGAUAAAUGCUGCCAACGCUCUGGUCUUUGCUCUGAUGGGCAUCCUAUGUCUAUUUGGUGGCCCGAUUGCGAAUCGGAUUGGCUUGAAUUGGACCCUUCUGCUAGGUGCAAUUGGCUAUCCGGUCUACUCAGCGGCGCUGUACACGAACAAUCGCUAUGGCAAUGUGUGGUUUGUACUAGUUGGUGCUGUUGCGUGUGGUUUAUCGGCUGGUCUUUUCUGGGCAUCCGAAGGUGCAGUGGCACUUGGCUAUCCCGAGCCAUUUAAAAGAGGCCAGUAUAUGAACAUUUGGCUUUGGUUCCGGACAGGAGGACCCCUUUUAGGAAGCGCUAUUGUGCUUGGGCUGAAUCAUUCUGGCAGCUCGAAGAACAGAGGGAAACUCGGGUCGGAGACAUAUCUCAUCUUCGUGGCAUUGCAGUGUCUUGCUGUCCCGCUAGCGAUAUUCCUCACCCGCCCCGAGAAGGUCCAGCGAAGCGACGGAAGCAAAGUCAAGAUCGUUCGUCAAGAUUCGUGGAAGGCUGAAAUGCUGGAGCUUUGGAAACUUUCCCGCCGGAAAGACAUUUUACUCCUCCUUCCUGUCUUCUGGGCUUCAUACUUCAAUCAAUACGAAGGGAACUUCGAGACUUACUACUUUGGCGUUCGAGCCCGUGCACUGAUUGGAUUCGUCAGCUUUCUCGGAACACUCCUCUCUUCUUGGAGUAUCAGUUGGAUUCUUGAUUAUCGGAAGCUGUCGGUCAAGAGCCGACUCACAUAUACCUUCUACUACGUCGUUCUGUUACAUGUCGUGGCUUGGGUCUACGCCUGGGUGGUUCAGGAGCAGUUUACUGUAACCUCGCCAACAUAUGAUUGGUCUGAUAAAGGGUUCACUAAAGGAUUGUUUGUUGUCAUUCUCUGGGAAUUUUCCCGACAGGCGUUGCAGAACUGGCUCUAUUAUUUCCUUUCUACGAUGACAGACAAUAUCUCGGAGCUUUCUCGACUGUCGGGUAUCUUGCGUGGACAAGAGAGUUUCUCUCAAGCAGUUUCAUACGGCAUCAACGCCAAAGAUUGGUAUGGAGGAAGAGUUCCCCUUGCCGUCAAUACCAUUCUUCUUGGCCUUGCAAUCCUACCUACCUGGCUAGUCCUCAGAGACCACCAGCCCGUUGAACAUGACAAAAGUGAUUUCCAUUUGGCUCGGGCGAAUGAUGAAGAGCAGUGCCCCAAACAGAUAGGAGAUGGUUUGAGCAACGAAAAGGGCAUUGUUAUCGUGGAAACGCAGCUUCCAAAAUAG